UUCUUUUGAAGAUUUUGUCCGGAAGCAGCGUGGUUGGUGACGCGCUUUGUUAUGGUCAUUGAUAAGUGCCUUUUAUUGAAAUGCUCUAUUAUAACUGAAAGUCUUGUUAUUGGUAUAAUUACGGUUUCUUCUAGGGCAGCGCUGAGCCUGCCUGCCCCAUGCAACAUGUCUUUGAAAGGAGGACUGUUUUGCUGUGCAGACCCGGCUGUUUGGAGAGAGGUCUUUCAGAAAUACUGGAAUGUGGUGGAGCUUAAGUCUUCAGUAAAAGGCAAAAACCAGGGGAAGCUGCUGCCGCUGGAGAGAUGGUAUCAGGAGGAGCUGCCUCAGACCAUCGCAGCCCGAUCAGAAAGGUUCCUGGAGCACCAAGAGCUGGUUAAAGUGAUGGAGUGGAAACUGACUCGAGGGAAGUUUCGUCCCAGACUGCAGCAGCUGGUGGCCACUAACCCCAGCGAGACAGUGGAGACAUGCACGAGGAGAGCCUUCGGGCUGCUGCCGGACGUGCAGGCCGCCAUCACGGAGCUGAGCACUCUCAAAGCACUGGGGCCGGCCACAGCGUCAGCGGUGUUGGCUGCGGGAGCUCCGGACCGGGCUGCCUUCAUGGCCGACGAGGCGGUUCAAAGCAUCCCUGGCCUGACGCCCAUCCAGUACACAAUGAAGCACUAUGCAGUGUACCUGCAGGAGAUGACAGAGCGCGCUCGCACCCUCAACCAGGCCGACAGCAGUCAGGAAUGGACUCCCCACCUGGUGGAGCGGUGUCUCUGGACCUGGGCUGUGGCUGAGAAACUCCAGCCAUCAUUAUUGGACGGCAUCGCUGCAGGAGAGAAGGGAGGAGGGGAGUCUGAGAGGAGCGGGAGAGCUACCAAGAGACAGAAAACGAAGUAACCAAAAAUGACCAUCCACUGCGCUGCUACUGGCUGUGCUGCAGAGUUUAAGUUUGAGGUGUUUUCCCAGUCUUUGGACGGACAGCUUUUUGGAAGUUCUGAUUGAAGAGCUGUGCCUGUUUUUUUUUUGGGGGGGGGGGCACUGCAUUUUGGGUUUGCGUUAACGGAAGAAUGGGUGUUUAUUUACUGUAAAGAGUUAAACGAUAAAAAACACAAGUCUGCUAUUGCUUUAGUAACUGCACACUGUCCUGUUUAAACAGAAUUCCCAACCAGAUUACUGGAAAAUUGAUGGAAACCCACAGUUCUGGGAAGUGAAUCCUUAAAUGAUCGUCCUCUUCUUCCUCACCAAAACAAUUGCACAACUAGACCCUG